AUGGCUGGGCAAGACGCCAUCACGACAGACCCAAAAGUCGUAGAAAUCGCUCAAACUGAUAGAGAGAAUUUGGUAGACGAGACGUUCAAACCCCUCAACGAUAAAAAGACGGCGGCAGAUCCUUUGCCGCGAGAAGUCCCAGACGGUGAAGAAUCGGUGGGAUCACCGGGUAGCGAUGAAGCGAAAUAUGUGAAUGGACAUCCCGUCAUUCAAAAUGGUGCCGAUAUAUCCAAUUUUAUCAUCUCUGUUCGAGAUGAUGGCGAUCCGGCCUUGACUUUCCGCUCCAUCGUCCUAGGUUCCGCUUUUACGGCAUUUUCGAGUGUGAUAACAAUGCUUUAUGUUUUUAAGCCGUUUCAGAUGCAGGUUUCGUUUGUCUUUUUGCAACUGCUUGUCUAUGUCUUUGGCGAGGCUUGGGCGCUCAUCACUCCUCGCCCGGAAAUAUUCAAAUGGGGAUGGCUGCGGAGUACCCUUCGUUUUCUCAACUUUGGACAGCCCUUUGGCAUUAAAGAGCACGUGGUGGCAUCCUUAAUUGCCUCGUCGGGCAACAAUGGUCUUUCUGGAGUUGAGGUCUACGCCGUCGAGCGACUUUUCUACAAUACCAGUGUGACUGCGACGACCGCAGUGCUAGGAACCUUUUCGAUUUCACUCUGUGGUUUUAUUCUAGCUGGUCUGUUACGACCGCUGAUCGUGUACCCCGGAGAAAUGGUGUAUUGGUCAUCAUUACCACAAGUCGUUCUCUUCCAAAACCUUCAUUUUGACCGAAAGGCAAAUAAGGACCGUUUGAACAAAUUCUCCUGGGCUCUUGGCCUUGCUUUCCUGUGGGAGAUAUUUCCUGCAUACAUCAUACCUUGGCUUGGCGGCUUCUCGAUUUUCUGUUUGGCGUCGAUGAAUGCACCAACACACACUCGAACUGUUUUUUCAACCAUCUUUGGUGGAGCUUCGUCCAAUGAAGGCCUAGGUUUACUGAACUUUGGGUUCGACUGGCAAUACAUCCAAAGCCAAUAUCUCUCAUUUCCCCUCAAGCAGCAGCUGAACACGUGGAUUGGCUAUCUGAUUUGGUAUCCGUUGAUGCUUGGGUUAUACUACGGCAAUGUCUGGGAUGCAAAGAAUUUCCCGUUCAUGUCUACUGCUUUAUUCACUGGAAACGGGUCGAGUUAUUCCACCUCAGCAAUCAUGAACAACCAUGGUACAAUCGACUUCAACAAGGUCGAGGAGGUCGGUCUGCCAUCUUUGACGUCGAGCACUGUCUGGGGUUUUCUCUCGCAAAACUUGGCUAUCGGUGCAUUGAUCUCGCACAUCAUCAUUUUUUACGGAAAAGACAUGAUUACUGCAUGGAAGCAGGCCCGAAGUAGAAAGCAACCGGAUCCGCACUACCAGGCAAUGCUCAAAUACAAGGAAGUUCCGAUGUGGUGGUACCUUGCACUUUUUGCGCUGUGCUUCUUUGCUGGCUUGAUUGUCAACCUCAAGGGCCAAACCACUCUUCCGGUUUGGGGAUAUAUUGUUUCUCUUAUUGUUGGUGCUUUUAUUGGUCCAUUUUCUUGUAUUCUGUACGGCUUGUAUGGAACUGGUGUUUCAACGAACCAACUGUCCAAAAUGAUCGCUGGCGCCCUUCAUCCCGGCCGACCCUUAGCUAACCUCUACUUCGCAAGUUGGUCUCACCAGGUGAUCCUUCUAUCAGUCAAUCUAGCCAACUGGCUCAAAGUCGGGCAAUAUACCAAGAUCCCGCACCGGAUCAUGUUCGCUACCCAAAUAUACGGAACACUCCUUGGCGCAGCGUUGAACUACGUGGUAAUGACAGUUAUUGUGACCAACCAGCGAGAAAUCCUCCUCGAUCCAGAAGGUAACAGCGUCUGGAGUGGCUCCAUAGUGCAGAGCUACAACUCGCAAGCCAUCACAUGGGCCCUGGCCAAGGAAACAUACGGUGUGGGAUCACGCUAUCUCAUUGUACCCCUCGGCAUCGUCAUCGGGUUGGGAAUACCUGUCUUGCACUGGGGUAUAACCAAGGUAUUCCCAAGUGUGAGAAAAUGGCAACUCAAUACGGCCAUCAUCUUGUCCUAUGCAGGUACGUCGUAUUAUGGAAAUACCUCGUGGAUCUCGUCGUCUAUUGCGGUCGGUGUAUUUUCUCAGGUAUGGCUUCGGCGUCGCCUGCCUAGUAUAUACAACAAGUACAACUAUCUCAUCGGGGCCGCGCUGGAUGGUGGCUCCCAGAUUAUGAUCUUUAUACUGUCCUUUGCUGUCUUCGGCGCCAGUGGGAAGGAAAACCCGUUCCCAACGUGGUGGGGGAACCCUUCUGGAAAUCCAGAUCACUGUGCUUAG